UUAAUGCAAAAAAAAAAAAAAAAAAAAAAAAAAAAAAAAAAGUUGGCUUCAAGACAGUUAACAGCUUUAUUUCAGUGCAAGUGGAUUCAUGGGAGGAGCUCUUGGCCAACUUGUGUAAAGAGUAGAGUGGAAGAUACAGGCAGGUCAUUGCAGAGUGCCCUAACAGCAGGCACUUUCAAGGUUUGCUACGGGAUUCUCAAAGGUGCUUCUGAGACGGAGGGGAACAGGUUGAAGAGAGGACAGACAUGAGGAUGAACCUUGUUUCAUCAGCCACGCUCUCCUCAGGACCAAAGCGAAUGCUGUAGGCCAGUGGCUUGAUGUGCCUCUUGCUGAAAACCCAAAAGACCAGAAAAGACUUGGUUUGAUUCAGGCCUUCUUCAGAUUUUUCUUUGGAUGUCCUUUGGAGUGAGCUGUUUUUAAAGCGGCAGUGGCUCUCUCUGUUUUGGAAUACACCUAAUUCUCAGUGGAGGGAGUUUUCUCAAACCUUUCCUCCUGGAUUUCUUUUGGAGAUUAGUGAUGGGGAAUGCGGCGGCAGGGGGCAUGGAGCAGGAGCAGGCUGAGGGCCGGGAGGCCAGGAACUCAGUCGGGGCCAGUUCAACCAUGAGCGACCCCGUGCCAGCCCUGCAGAAGAAGCAGCCAGCUCCCCCUAAACUGCCCAUGCCCCCAGAGGAGGAGCUGGAGGAGCGCUUCAAUGUGGUGCUGAGCUACAUGAACUUGCCCCCUGAUAAACUGAAGCUGUUGAGUCAGUAUGACAAUGACAAGAAGUGGGAGCUGGUCUGCGAUCAGGAGCGCUUCCAGGUGAAGAGCCCCCCCUCCACUUAUCUGACCAAGAUCAAGAGCUUCUACCAGGAUCAAGGAGGGGUGCCUCGCAGGCUGAAGAAGCGGAUCCAGGACGCCACCCAGGUCCUUAAAGACUUGGAGAUAUCCCUUCGCACCAAUCACAUCGGGUGGGCCCAGGAGUUUCUCAAUGAGGAGAAUAAAGGUUUGGAUGUCUUGGUGGAAUACCUGUCCCAUGCACAAAGCGAUGCCACGUUUGAGGUGGAGGGGGUGGAGAAUGGCGGCACCCUGUCAGACAGAGGAAAGCCCACAGAGAGGUCGAUGGAAGACUUGCAUAAGAGUAACAGCAGCUCCCACACGUCCCAUGGCAUGACCAGAGCCGCUCGUGCUCUGACUGUCAGGCUGAGCAACACGCUGGUGAACAAGAUUCACAAAAAGUCCCAUUUGGCCAACCAGAGAGAUGAUGUUCAUGUGUGCAUAAUGUGCCUGCGAGCCAUCAUGAACUACCAGUCUGGCUUUAACCUGGUAAUGACACAUCCACGCUGUGUCAAUGAGAUCACCCUCAGCCUCAACAGCAGGAAUCCCAGGACCAAAGCUCUUGUGCUGGAGCUGCUGGCCGCCGUGUGUCUCGUCAGAGGAGGGCAUGACAUCAUUCUCUCUGCCUUUGACAAUUUCAAAGAGGUGAGCAGAGAGAGGAACCGUUUUGAGAAACUGAUGGAAUAUUUCACCACCGAUGACAGCAACAUUGACUUCAUGGUGGCUUGCAUGCAGUUCAUAAACAUUGUGGUCCAUUCAGUGGAGAACAUGAACUUCCGUGUGCAUCUGCAGUAUGAGUUUACUCACCUCGGAUUAGAUCAGUAUCUGGAGACUCUCAAGCUGACAGAGAGUGAGAAGCUGCAGGUUCAGAUCCAGGCCUACCUGGACAAUGUGUUUGAUGUGGGAGCCCUGCUGGAGGAUGCAGAGAACAGAGGAGGGGUGCUGGACCACGUGGAAGAACUGCAGGAGCACAACAUUCAGCUGAAUGCCAGGCUAGAGGAGAUUACGAGUCAGACUGCAGCGAGAAUAGCCGAACUGGAAACUCAGCUCAUGCAAGCAACCAAGGAGACUGAGCUGCUCAAGGAAAGCCUGCGAGAGUCCUGUUCCCAGGUCAGCGGCCUGCAGCAGAGAGAGAGGGAGCGGGAGCUGGACAGGGAGAGGGAGAGGGACCGGGAGCGUUUGAGCAAGACCUCCCCUCAGGGCUCCUCAGAGCUGGAGCAGAAAGUGCAGGAGCUGCAGGACAAGGGUUUGAUCCGGCUGGGACGCACCGCCUCGGGGGGGUUAGACAUCCAGGUGGUGCCCGUCACCGUGGUUGAGUAUGUCCCUGCGCCUGCCUCUGUUCCCACGGCCAGCACCCCGGCCCACGACGUUCCCGAUUCAGGCUCCUCACCGCACAGCGACCCUGCUAAUGCCACUCCGCCAGCUCCACCUCCUCCUCCUCCUCCUCCUCCUCUCCCAGGGGAGAUGGCAACUUCUAUUCCUCCCCCACCUCCAAUUCCACUCGCCUGCUCUGCUCCCCCUCCACCCCCGCCUCCGCCUCCACCCGGGAUCGCCUGCGGUGCUCCCCCUCCACCUCCUCCUCCACCUGGUCCCGGAGGAGGUCCACCACCUCCCCCUCCACCACCCGGUGGUGGCGUCCCACCUCCGCCUGGAGCACCCCCCUCUCAGCCUGGGUAUAAGCAGAAGAAGGCCAUUCAGACCAAGUUUAGGAUGCCGUUGCUCAACUGGCAGGCUUUAAAGCCCAACCAGGUGACAGGCACGGUCUUCAAUGAGCUGGAUGAUGAACACAUCUUAGGGGAGUUGAACAUGGAGAUAUUUGAGGAGCAUUUUAAGACCAAGGCCCAGGGUCAGCCAGCAGACCUGUCCAAUAAAAAGAAGAAAUCAGCAAGUGUGAAGGCUCCCAGCAAGGUGUCUCUGAUCGAUGCCAACAAGGCUAAGAAUCUGGCCAUCACGCUACGCAAGGCAGGAAUGAGCCCGUCAGGCAUCUGCACUGCCAUCGACACGUAUGACCAGCAGGCUUUGAGCCUAGAUUUCCUGGAGUUACUGGAGAGAUUCAUACCAUCAGACUUUGAGAUGAAGCUGCUGCUCAACUACGAGAAAGAGGGCCGUCCAAUAGAUGAGAUGUGUGAUGAGGACCAGUUCAUGCUUCGCUUUGGCAAGAUUCCUCGCCUGACCCAACGAAUAAACGUCCUCACCUUCAUGGGCAACUUCCCGGAGACUGUCAAACGUCUGCAGCCGCAACUGAACUCCAUCAUCGCUGCGUCCAUGUCCAUCAAGUCUUCAGACAAACUGAAAAAGAUCUUAGAAAUCAUUCUGGCCUUUGGUAACUACAUGAACAGCAGUAAGAGGGGUGCAGCCUACGGGUUUCGUCUGCAGAGUCUGGACCUUCUGCUGGACACCAAGUCCACUGACCGCUCCCAGACGCUGCUUCACUUCAUCUCCAACAUCGUGCGAGAGAAAUACCCUGACCUGGUCACUUUCCACUCAGAGCUGCACUUCAUGGACAAAGCUGCCCUCGUGUCCCUGGACGGCAUUCUGCAGGACAUCCGCUCAUUAGAACGGGGAAUGGAGAUGACCAAGAAGGAGUUCCUGGUGCAAGAUGACAACAAGGUGUUAAAGGACUUCAUCAAGACAAACAGUGAUCUGCUGGACUCUUUAAUCAAAGACAGCAAGACGGCACAGGAGGCGUAUGCCGCUGCGGUGGAGUAUUUUGGAGAGAACCCCAAAACCACGCAGCCUUCCAUGUUUUUCCCGAUUUUUGCACGCUUCGUAAAGGCCUACAAGGCGGCAGAUCAAGAAAAUGAGCAGAGAAAGAAAAUGGAAAAAGAAAGCAGUGAGGAAAAAGAGCCAUCUCCCAGCAAGGCUGCAGCACAAAAGGCGCCCAUGAUGCCUAAGAUGCCCCAGAUGGACCUGAUCGCGGAGCUGAAGAAGCGGCAGGUGAAGCCGCAGGUACGCGAGGGGAAGGAUGGAGCUCUGGAGGACAUCAUCACAGACUUGAGGAACACACCGUACAGGCGGGCAGAUGGUCGACGACCAGCACAGCGCCAGGACACUUGAGCCAUUUCCCGGUCCGAGACUUUUCACAAUGUAACUGGAAUCACACUUAAACACACAGAGAACAGCCUUAACAAAUGUUCUGUACAUAAUACCAAGUUACAUCACUAGGCUUUUGGAAAUAAUAUUAUUUGUCUCCAACGUUUUCUAUGGAUUUGUUGUGUAAAUAUGGUUCAGACUUAUUUGUAAUGCACCUAUUUGUAAUGACCUUCAGUCCAUAUCUUAAUCAAAAAGAUUUUUAUACUCUGUGUGGCCCCAUGUGGCCUUUUGUAUGUUCAAAAUUUGUGAUCUUACCUUUUAAAAAAAUAAAACAAUUAGAUAAAUAGCUUUAUUUCUAACAAAAGGCCUACUUUUUAGACUCCCCAGCCCAUAGGCUUGACGAUCUGUUAUUCCACUGUUUACUUUCUUCAUUCCUAUGAGUAAAAAAACCUUCCUAUGAAUAAAAAUAUGAGAAACCUUGCAGAUGAAUCCUGUAUGGUCCAAAUGGAUAAUGAAAAAUCGAGACACCUUGCUAAAGUGUAACAGUUGAAACAGUUACUAAAAACCUGUGCAACUUUUGACGGUUGUUGGCUCGGUGGAAAGGAAACUUUUGUACGAUGCUUCAGUUCACCAAUCUGAUUUUCACUAUCGCUCCAAAUUUCACCACAAUUGCCUUUUCAUUCUCCAUUUCAGAAACAAUCUGUAAGGCAAGUUCAUAUCUGCAAAAAUGACUGAGCUAUGCAUGUAAAUGUCUUAAUGUAAAUGAUAAAUAUAACUAAUGAAUCAACCAAAAUGUAUUUAAGUAUGUUUAGUAUACAUUAAAGAUGAACUGUAUAUGGCUUUAACAUAUCUUAAGAAAAAAAAAAAGUAAACAUCAAGUGCAUUUUUACCUUGAAUAUUUGUCCCUUAUUGCCAAACAGCGG